UAUCAAUUCCCCAGAAGUUGUCUCUUAAGCUCUGUCGCGGAUAUUGCUCCUUCGUGUCUCUGCCCUACUCGGAUACUAGACCCUACAGUGUACAUACUACUCUUCCGAAUUGACUACUUCUGCUCUGCGCUGCGUCCUACUUCUUCUCCGCAUCGCAUCCGAAUACCUUCAUCCACCUCCCACCAGCAUCAAUCACCACCUACAUAGCCCACAAUGGCAGACACAACACCACCAUCAGACACACAAAAACACCUCUUCAUCCACCAACAGCAACCACCCGCUGCACCAUCCUCCUCCACCCAACAACAAGCCCCAGCACCAGCGACAACAAAAGAUGACUCCGUCCCCGCAGGCAUGACCAAACUCCCCAACGGAGUCAUCCUCGACAAAGACGGAAAGCCAUGCCGCCUCUGCACCUCCGCCGCCUCCUGGCGCGCCCUGACCAAACAAGCCAAAUCGACCCCCACCACCGCAACCACCACUACAACCAGCAGCACCAUCCCGAAAACCCUCACCACCACCCCCGGCUACACAGACUGUCCACCGGACUCGGAAGCCCUCGGCCGCUCCACCUGGACGUUCCUGCACUCAUUGACGGCGUCGUACCCGGCGCAAGCGUCCAGCGAACAACAGUCCGAGAUGCGCCAGUUCCUCGGGAUAUUCUCGAAGUUGUAUCCGUGCUGGGUGUGCGCGGACGACUUCCGGACGUGGAUGGCGGAGCCGAGUGGGGAGAAUCAGCCUAGGUUGGGUGGACGGAAGGAGUUCGGGGAUUGGAUGUGUAGGGCGCAUAAUGAGGUGAACCGCAAAUUGGGGAAGAGUGAGUUUGAUUGUAGGUUUUGGGAGGAGAGGUGGAG